AUGGAGAAAUUUCACAACCUCUCCCCUCUUGGACUGGUGUUGCUAUGUUCUCUUUCAGCUUCCUUAGCCAUGUCCGCCACCAAUGUUACCACUGAUCAGUCAUCUCUUCUUGCCUUGAGAGCUCACAUUUCGGUUGACCCUCUACAAAUCUUGGCCAAAAACUGGUCAGUUGGCUCUUCAGUCUGUGAAUGGAUUGGAGUCACUUGUGGCUCUCGUCAUCAUAGAGUGACUGCCCUGAAUAUUGCUAACAUGGGUCUUGUCGGCAUCAUCCCUCCACAACUGGGAAAUCUCUCAUUUCUUGUUUCUCUUAACAUGACUAUGAACAACUUCCAUGGAGAACUACAACAUGAGUUUGCUGGAUUGCGCCGAUUAAAACUACUUAAUUUGAGCUUCAACAAUCUUGAAGGAGAGUUCCCCCGGUGGAUUGGUUCAUUUCCUCGACUUCGUCGCCUGUCUCUCAGAAAUAAUAGUUUCACUGGUCUAAUCCCAUCUUCCAUCUCUAACUUGUCAAAUCUAGAGGAGAUAAAUCUUACAUUCAACACUCUGCAAGGAAACAUUCCUACAGGGAUUUUCAAUAUUUCCUCCCUGCAAGUGAUUCGCCUAGGGGGUAAUGGCCUAUCUGGAACUAUUCCAAGUGAUUUGUGUCACCAUCUUCGGGCACUAAGUAUCCUUUCCCUGUCAUCGAACAAGUUAAAUGGCCAAUUACCAUCAAGUUUAGGUCAAUGUUCAGAACUUCAGAGGCUGUCUUUGUCUGGUAACCAAUUUACAGGAUCCAUACCGAAAGAAAUUGGGGACCUGAAGAAGCUUGAGGUGCUAUAUUUGGGUGCUAACUAUUUAGAAGGUAAAAUUCCAAAAGAAAUUGGAGACCUAAAUAAGCUUGAGGAUCUGUAUUUGGGUGACAACUAUUUAGAAGGUGAAAUUCCAAAAGAAAUUGGUAACUUAACUAUGAUGAAAGAACUAGAUCUUCGACAUGCAUAUUUAAGAGGUGUAAUACCACGAGAGAUUGGCAACUUGUACUUUCUUGAACGACUCAACUUAGAACAAAAUAGCUUAACUGGUUCCAUACCAACGGGGAUCUUCAACCUCUCUAGGUUAAUUGUCGUGGUAUUUGUGGGAAAUCAACUUUCAGGCAAUCUUCCAUCAACGUUUGGUUAUAGGCUUCCCAACUUAGAACGGAUUUACCUCGGCAUUAAUUCCUUCUUUGGAGUAUUACCUAUAUCAAUCUCAAAUUCUUCUAAACUUCGUAGAGUAGAUUUUAGUUCUAACAAGUUCACGGGUCCAAUUCCCACUUCCUUUGGGGACCUAAGUCUUCUAGAAGUGCUGGAUCUCGCCGACAACAAUUUAACGAGCGACUCCUCAUGUCGAGAGUUGAGCUUCAUCACGUCAUUGACAAAUUGCAAAAAUUUGUCAUAUUUGGAAUUGAGUGGCAAUCCAUUGAAUGCGAUCAUUCCAGACUCCGUCAGUAAUCUUUCAACUUCCCUAGAAAGAUUACUUGCAUCAGAUUGUAAGAUCAAGGGCAGCAUUCCUGAUGGAAUUGGAAACUUUAGUAGUUUGAUCCAAUUAGAUCUAUCAAACAACGAGUUAAGUGGGUUGUUUCCAGUUAGAAUAAAAGAUUUGCAAAGGCUACAAUACAUGGAUCUUAGUAGGAACAAACUAAGCAAGGUCCCCUUACAGUUUCUUUGUGGUUUCUAUAACUUGGCUACCAUAAAUCUUGCUCAAAAUCAAAUUAUCAGCUCAAUUCCAAAGUGUUUGGGAAAUCUUAUUUCCCUAAGGAGUCUUAACCUAAGUUACAAUAAACUGAAUUCUAUCCUACCUGUAGAACUAUGGAACCUAAAAUAUCUCUUGGUGCUUGACCUCUCCUCAAAUUUGCUGAGUGGAUCUCUACUGAAAGCAAUUAUGAAUAUGAAGAUGGUAGUUUGGGUAGAUUUGUCAACCAAUCAGUUCUCGAGUGACAUUCCUGACACUAUUGGAGAGAUGCAGAACCUGCAAAAUCUCUCUCUAGCACACAACAGAUUGCAAGGAUCAAUCCCAGAGUCGAUCGGCAAGAUGUUAAGCUUGGAGUCAUUGGAUCUAUCACAUAACUUUCUCUCUGGAUCGGUUCCAAUGUCAAUGGAGAACCUUCGGUAUCUUAGACAUUUCAAUGUCUCUUUUAACAAUUUAAUUGGUGAAGUUCCUUCCAGAGGGCCUUUUAUCAACUUCACUGCUGAAUCUUUCACUUCAAAUCAAGCCCUCUGUGGAGCUCAAAGGUUUCAUGUGCCUCCAUGUCCAAAUAAUUCAGCUCACAAAUUGAGAACAAAAAAGUUGCAUCGAACAAUUUUUAUUUUACUCGGGGUAAUUAUAGCAGCGGGAGCCUUGUCCUUUGGAUUUGUUUACCUUAGAUAUCGAAAGAAAUAUACACUUUCCAGUCUAGCAAAUUUAUCCUUAGUUGCAAUGCCAGAAAGAAUUUCAUAUUUCAAACUUCUACAAGCAACUAAUGGGUAUAGCAAAAGCAAUUUGCUGGGAACUGGAAGCUUUGGAUCUGUCGAAGGAGCACUCAGGAGUUUUGAUGUAGAAUGUGAAGUACUGCGCAAUCUUCGCCAUAGAAACCUCACAAGAGUCAUCGGCAGUUGCUCUAACCUUGAGUUUAAGGCAUUAGUGCUUGAGUUCAUGCCUAAUGGGAGUCUUGAGAAGUGGUUGUAUUCACACAGCUAUUUUCUGCAUCUGAUGCAGAGAUUAGACAUAUUGAUUGAUGUGGCAUGUGCAUUGCAAUAUCUCCACUGUGAGUAUUCAAUUCCAGUAAUUCACUGUGAUUUGAAACCAAGUAAUGUCCUGUUGGAUCAAGACAUGGUAGCCCAUGUAAGUGAUUUUGGCCUUACAAAGUUGUUGGGCGAGAAGAACAGCAUCACAUACACCGAAACACUAGCCACACUUGGCUAUCUCGCACCAGAGUAUGGAUUGGAAGGAUUAGUAUCAACAAAAUGUGAUAUCUACAGUUUUGGAAUUAUGAUGAUGGAAAUCUUCACAAGAACAAAACCUAAUAGUGAAAUGUUUGGCGAAAACUUGAGCUUGAAGACUUGGGUGACUGUUUCAAUACCUGAUGGAUUAGCCUAUGUCAUCGAUGCAAAUUUGCUGAAGGAAAGUGAUGAAUACUUUGUUAAAAAACUAAGCUGUAUAGCCUCAAUCAUGAAAGUGGCUCUGGAUUGCACGAUGGAAUCUCCAAGAGAGAGAAGCAACAUAAAAGAUGUUCUUGUUGCGCUGAAAAAGAUCAAGCUUCAGUACAUGAGUGCCCAGAGUUCAAAGACGUCUUAA